GGCACAGUCGGUUACCGCGAUGUGUGUCUUCAACCAUUCCUUCGUUCCUCGAUGACCUCUCGCACUUCAACUAAAAUACACGUCCCCCACCCUCUAUCCCCUGCAUGCCCGAUUACCGGUAUCCUUGAGCAGCUUGAUGAUGGUGAUGCAGCCCAAGGUCGACCAAUAGCUUUGAUUCUUCACGGCGCGAUGGGACACAAAGACUAUCUGUUCCAACGGCGCCUCGCUCAGCGUUUACCGCUUGAUUCCUUCAGAUUCGAUUUUCGAGGGAACCACGAAACACCUGGCGACUGGCAUUAUGGGUCAUUCCAAAGUGACGUUGAUGACCUUUUCGCUGUGGGGAGGUUCCUUGAAUCCAAGGGCUACAUCAUCACUGCCGUCGUUGGACAUUCAAGGGGUUCAAUUGUUGGUCAGCGUUGGAUAUGUACGGCGCCUGAAGCGCGCAACGUCACCACUUUUGUGAAUGCUUCAGCAAGAUACAGAAUGGCAAAGCUGUUAGAGAAUGUCAACGUCAUUAAGCAUUGGCAGCCAGGAUUUGAGAAGGAUGGCUAUUAUGACUGGACCGCCACAGUAGCCCGGAAACCCUUUACCACCCGAAUUCGACCGAGGGACUUGGAGGAGUUCGUCAAAUGGGACACCUCUUACAUCUGGGAUCAGUUCCCCGCCCGAAUUCACGUUCUGACGAUUCACGGACUAUCGGAUGAGACCGUUCCUCCCUUUGAUGCUUUGAUUUACGCGCGUGCUCUCGGCGCACGGUCACCGGGAACCCACACGCUACACAUGCUGGAAAACGCUGACCACAACUUUACUGGGCGUCAGGACGAAAUCGUUGGCUACAUUCUUGAGUGGUGGGAUUUGCAGGCACGCGGAGAUAUCACAACUUCGGGACUUUGGAUGACCGGAUUGAAAAAUAAACUCUAG